AUGUGUGUCCGUAGCAGCAACAAUUGGCAUUGCAGUCGGAUCUGUAGCGCUUAUCAUUCUAGUCGAAGCUCUAAUUUAUGCCAUUUUAUACUUCAGAAGCAAAUGGGCAACAUUACAUCCUACGAUCCAUUUGCCGAAAAAUUACUCAAACAUUUUCGUCAAAAUCCCUAUUAUCCAUUUAUUCAUGUUCAAUCGUACACAUAUGAAUAUUGUUAUCGUCGUUGGUCAACUGCAUAUUUAAUUUGUAUUUUACAAACUGUUUUAUUCUCAUUAGCAAUCUAUUCAUAUUAUAAAUAUUUAGAAUUCUAUGAAGGACAGAAAGAAGACAUAGAAUAUUGGCUCUAUGGUUCUGAAUUGAUAUUAUUAUUUACAUUUUCUAUUUUAACAAUAUUUUUGUGUGUUAAUUUAGUUGAAUGUUUAAAACAAAUUCGAAUUGUUAUUAGUGCACUGGAUUUGUAUGUUUAUUAUUAUGUUGGCGGUACACUCUAUCGACAACAUUCACUAAAUAAAGUAUAUAUUUGUUUGAGAGAAGUGAAAACAUACGAUCAAAUAUUGUAUCAUCUCGUAUUUAUCAUCGAAGAUGUUGAUCUCAUUGAAAUUACCGACUAUUUUCAAUUUAAUAUUGAAUUGAGACAAUUGGGUAUAAGACUAGCAAAACAAUUAUAUAUCGGAUAUUUAGAAUCAAGUGAUUGGAUUGGAACAUUUCCAAAAUAUAAUAAAUUAAAAGCUUACAUUAGAAAAUUGAAACUUCAACAUCGAACAACGGAUAAUAUUCGAGAAAGUUUUGAUAAAAAUGAACGAUCCUUAAACUCAACAUCGUUCACGCGAACAGAUGAUGUUAUUAUUAAUCAAAAUACAAACAGGAAUAAUAAGAUUAAAAUAGAAUUAGUUUAUACAUAA